GGUCACACUGGCCACUAGUCAAAUCGGACGGAAUUACCUUUUUGUUUAUUUCAUUUAAUUUAGAAAGCUCUUCGCCGCGCCAGCAUGGAUCCCGGGGAGGAACUGCUCUUCCGUAACUUUCAGCACCUUAAGGGCUUAAAAUUUAACGACGAGAAGGUGCCCACGACCACAUCUCGCGAACAGCAAAAAACAGAGACCUCGGUGGAGAAGUGUUUCGACCGGUUCGACGAGCUACUCUUUACUCAACCACGCCUCAGCCAGAUCCAUCGCCUAGAACACCAGUACUACUUGGACGCAAUGCUGCGCCGGCUGCCGUCCAACUACGAAUGUCUGGAUAGCAGCCGGCCUUGGUGCGUUUAUUGGAUCCUGCAGGCAGCGCAGCUGCUCAGCUUCACCUUCGACGACCAGACACUCGAAAACGUGGUGCAGUUUCUCAGCAAGUGCCGUUCGCCGACUGGAGGCUUUGGCGGCGGACCUGGCCAGUAUGCGCACUUGGCGCCCACUUACGCGGCUGUGAACAGCCUGUGCAUCAUUGGCACACCGGAAGCAUACCGCGCCAUUGAUCGACCCACUCUGGUCCAGUUUCUAUUCAGUGUACGCGAAUCGGACGGGUCCUAUCGGUUGCACGUGGACGGCGAGACGGACGUUCGUGGCGCCUAUUGCGCCAUAUCCUGUGCCAAGCUGCUGAACCUGCCCGAGCCUGUGAUCCGAGAGCUAUUCGCCGGCACCGGCGACUGGAUAGCUAGGUGCCAAACGUACGAGGGCGGUUUCGGCGGUGCUCCAGAUCUGGAGGCCCAUGGGGGCUAUACAUUCUGCGGCAUAGCCGGUCUGGCGUUGCUCAACGAGGCCGACAAGUGUGACAAACAGGCUCUGCUCCAGUGGACUUUGCGUCGUCAAAUGAGCUACGAGGGCGGCUUCCAGGGACGGACCAACAAACUGGUUGAUGGUUGCUACUCCUUUUGGGUGGGCGCCACCAUACCCAUCACACAAGCCACCCUCUCGGGCGACGACAAAGAGAUGGAGCAUACGCUAUUCGAUGUGGGAGCCUUGCAGGAGUACAUCUUGAUCUGCUGUCAAAAGCAAAACGGAGGGCUCAUCGACAAGCCGGGGAAACCCCAAGAUCUCUACCACACAUGCUAUACUCUAAGCGGUGUCUCCAUUGCCCAGCACUCGGAGUCCGCUAGCUGCCCGCAGGUCAUGGGCGACACCAUCAACGAGCUGCUGCCCACCCACCCGCUGUUUAACAUCCCACCAAAGUCCGUUGCAGCUGCUAGAAGCCACUUCAGCAAUGCAAACGACACCGAGUUCGACGUCAACGACGCAGACUUGAAAGCGGAGGACAAGCAGGAAAGCUAGGACGACAUUCGAGAUGGGUAUCUUUGCACUGGGACAUAUGAUUUACACUACUCAUUUUACGAACAACAUUUGCUUUAAUAAAAUU